AUGAGUUACAGAUUCGCAUUCGAACCUCUCAUAGCUAAACCCGAAGAGCACCCUAACCUGGUAAUAAGUUAUGACGAGAAUGUGAUAAUAAUUCGAGAUGGGUUCCCAAAGUCUGUGCGCCAUUGGCUUGUUAUUCCUCGUGACAAUAAAGUUUCGCGACUUGACCCGAUAGUUGCAUUAGCGAAUGCAAAUAAUUAUGCCAUGCUCAAGCCUUAUGUUGAAAAGGCAAAACGUAUGAUUACUCAAGAGUUACAAGAUCAAUACGGAGGUGAUUGGCUGAACUUUGUCAGAUGUGGGGUUCAUGUCGUCCCAAGUCUUGCAAAUCUUCACAUUCACGUCAUUCUGCAAGACUUCAACUCAAACCGGAUGAAACAUAAGAAACACUAUAAUUCUUUCACAACGCCAUUUUUCGUACCGUUUGAAGAUUUUGAUCCCAGCCCAUCGCGUAAGACUUUACUUAAAAAUGAUAGUAACUAUAAAAAGAAAAAGCUUCAACAUUUGUUGCGCACUAAAGUGUCCAGGAAAUAUGAUAGUGACAGUGAUUAUGAUCUGGAGGGGGAGAUGCACGAGAACACUCAUGAAGAGUUGCUUGAGUCUUUAAAUGAAGAGACCCAACAUGUCGACCCCGCAUCACAAACAAUACUACAAGUGAAGGCGGGUUCAGAAAGUGGCCCACUUCCUUACUUGGAAAUCGCUCUUUCUGAAAGGGAACUUAUGGUGAAAACAAGUCCAAUGAAAUGCACUUAUUGCCUGAAGUCGUUUAGUGAUAACUUUAAGGCAUUAAAAAGUCAUUUGCUGGAAGAAUUCAUAUCCAGGUAUAAUCAAAUCUCUUGA